AUGGAAAAUAGUGAUAAAAGCAACAACGAAAACAACAAUACUGUUGCUCAAGAAAAAGAACAACAACAAUCUCUUGUUGUUUCAACCGCGGUUCAUAAUAAUAAUAACAUCAUUUUACCCACAAUCCUUGAAAAUGACGAUAACGAAAAUCUGUUAACCACUAUUGUUCAAUCACCAACUGAAUUUCUUCCGCCUCAAAAAACUCUUACAACCACCAUAAUAGAACACAGAAAUAUUAGCCAAUCGUUACAAACAAAUGAUGACUUGCCUGAAAUGAAACCUAUCAAAGAACCACUUACAAGCAGUAAUUUUAUUCACAUAGGAAUUCCAGCAGAAAUUAAUUUUCCAAGUGCAAACAUUAAAGAAACAAUUGUUGGGGUAUUUCAUAUUUUUAAUCCUAAAGAUAAUCCGGUAUCAUGGAGCCUUAAACCAGCUUCAGUUGCCACAUUUCGGCGAUUGGGGACAUCAACAACAGCAGCAAUCAAAUUAGAUGAAGAAGUUUUUUCAGUCAGGAGACCAUCAGGAUACUUGAAAGCAAAAAAUGCAGUAAGGGUAGAUGUUCAUUUUCUUCCAACAGGUGUUGGUACAUAUAUGCAAACAUUUGUUUUGGAGGAUGCAGCAGAUGGUGAAGCAACAAGUGCAGUCGGAAUGAAAUUUCAAGGAAUUGCAACAGAGAAUACAUUCAGCGCACUUCUACAAAAAAAAAGGUUACCAAGAAAAGAGUUGAAAUUUGAAGUUGAAGGAACAGAGUUAAAAAUGCCACCAACCAGAAUAGGAAGGCAGAGAACAAUGGGAAUAAAAAUCAUAAAU